AUGACCGGUAGCCAACAUUUAGCUUUCUCGUCGAAGGUGGCGACCUUCGAGGGUUGGAUCGAAGUGAUCGAGAAUGUGUUGGACAUCGAGGGCGUCGACCUGCAGCCCAGGAGGGAGGCAAAUCCAUGGUCCCUCAUCUACUUCGCCAUCUUCCUCGUCAUUGGCGCUUUCCUCGUGUUCAACCUGUUCGUCGGCGUCGUCAUCGACAACUUCUACGCCAAGAAGCGACAGUUGGAGGAGGACUAUUCGGAGCCUACGGCGAGCGAGGGUCAGCGUCGGUACGCCCGGUCACUCCGCCGCCUGCUCGCCCAGAGGCCCGUCAGCCUGGUGGCCAGGCCGGCCGGCAGGUUUCGAGGCUUUCUCUACGACGUGGCCGCCAGCAAGGAGCUGGCGGUGGCGUCCGCUGUGCUGGCCCUGCUGAAUGGCAUGCUGCUGGCGUCGGAGCGCUACGAGUGGAACGGCCGGCAGCGGGCGGCGCUGGGUCACGCACACCUCGUCUUCCUGGUGGGACACGCCGGUGAGCUUCUGCUGCGCGCCGCCGCCACGGGCACCGCCUUCUUCGCCGUCAAGUGGAACCAGUUCGAGUUGUGCGCGCUCGUCCUGUCCCUGCUCGGUGACGUCGUCCUUCUGUCCGGCGUGUCCCAGUCUCGUCCCGAGUGGGUGCUGCUGCGGGGUCUGCGCACACUGGCCAUUCUGCGCGUCUUCCGCAGCCUGGUGUCGGUGCGAGGCGUGCGCCAGCUGGUGCUCAUAUUCGCAGCCUCGGUGCCCGCCUUCAUCAACAUCGCCCUGCUUCUGUUUCUCGUCAUGUUCGUCUACGGCGUUCUGGGAGUCUCGCUGUUCGGAACUCUGCGCUCCGACGACAGCUUCAGGUGCCUGACUGACACAGCUGUGUCAUCGCGGCAGUUCCCUUCAGGAACUCGCAACUUGAGAGUGAGCACGUCGGUGAAGGGCGCACCUGCACCGUCGGGAUGA